GUCGCAGCGCGGUGGUGGAUGCCGACGGAGCCUUCCCCCGUCGGACCGGUAUACACGCGAGCCAGAGAGAACCACACACACGUGUGUGUGAGCGUGUUGUGCGUGCGUCCACGUGUAACGACGACGACGUCGACGUCGACGGCGUCCUGGUCCUGGUGGUGCGCGCGUCGCGACCGACACAACUCGAUGCCCGCCGCGGCGACGUCGCCCGGGUGACGUCGCGCGGGUGUGCGGGGGGCGGCGACGACGAGGACGCUCGCGGCCGGGGGGACCCGAGACGACCCGAAGAGAGGUUGUGUGUGAUCGCCGUGACGCCGAAGACACAGAGCUGAGCUGAGCUGAGCGCGCGCGCGGCCCGCGGCGGUGGCGACGACGUGCCGCCGUUUCAUCAUCAUAUCGCCGAAGGGCGGCGAGCGGUGCGGAGCGGAGCGGCGCGGGUCACGAGAGGGCCAACCGAACCGUCGAAUGAUUGUGAAAAGUGAGGAGGAGGAGGAGCCGCAGUAUAAUAGUGUGGUGUGUAGUGAGUGAGAUGUCGUGGGUGUGAGAGAGUGUUGUUUACGUGCGAGUGCGUGUGUGUGUGUGUGAAGUUAGGAGUGCGCGGUGUGCGCUGCCGCUGUUGCUGCCCCUGCCGUUGUCGGCCGGAAGAACCUGUGCCGUGUUGCUGUUGUUGUUGCUGUUGUUGUUGUUCUGGUGUCACCUUGACACCCCAGCGCGCGCGCGCGCGUACACCGUGUGCUGCCCAUAUAGUGCCUCCUCUUUGUGGAUUACCUUUUACCUCGGUGCUGCCGCCGCUGCUGGAGCUAGCUGCUGGUGCUGCGCGGGCCGACGAGCAAUGCAGCUGCCGGCGCGGUGGCCGGGGGAAGCGUGUCAGACGAGCCGAUCCUCGGCGCCCUAAUGUGCGUCGAGACCCAGCACCGGGUGGCAGCGCGGGCCGGCGGCCAUGUUAAACUGCACGGACCUGGAAUGCAUCCUGCACCACCACCACUACCACCAUCACCUCCACCAGCUGCAGCACCACCUCCAGGAUGGCCACCACGCUGGCGUGGCCGACCCUGCGAGCGAGGGCGACGAUGUGCUCCACCUGCUUAACUCGACGGACGGGGAGCUGUCGGGGUCGCAUCUCGAUGCGCCGAUCAGCGAGAGCGUGUACAUUGUGUGCGGGGUGCUGAUUGCUAUGGUCCUGGUGGGACUCAUUAUCGUCCUACUCGCAGUCACUAUAAGCCACAAUGGCAUCACGACCACCGUCGAGGCGGCCGCCGUCAACAACACCACCGCGACCGUGGCGGGCUUCGCCGUCAUCGGCUCGCAGACGGCCGUCGUCGCCAACAACAACGUCGCCGUCAGCACCGUCAUCCCCGUGACGGCUGCGGCGGCCAGCCCGCCGACGUCCUGCCCGGACAGCGCCGACAGCGCCAGCUCGGGCCUCGAGGACGACGACGAGGAGUCUGACGGCGUCGUCAAGUCGGCGCCCCUCGAGCUGUUCCUGUGGUCGCACCCCGACCCGACGGCGUUCAGCGGAACAAAAGACACGCUGGUGCGCGAGCUGCCGUGUGAGGUCCCACAGGACAGCAAGGGACUCCGUAAGAACCUGCGUGGCAAGUGGAAGCGGCUGGUGAAGAAGAAGCCCGAGGACUCGUGCAGCAUCCCCCCGGAGCUGCGCGACCAGCUGAAGCAGAUCUACGUCUACUAGAGUUGUUGAGCCCACCACCCCCCCUAGAGUACCUUAAACACGUGGCGUAUUUGCCUGACAUUCCAUAUUAUUUGAUGACUGUAGCCAUAUCAGUGUUACCUAUUUAAUUUAAUGAGUAGAACGUAAAAGGUUUUUUUGUUUUUUUUCAAUCUGCUGCGCUUGCCUUCUGAAGGUGAGUGCGCUGCUGUGUACUCUGUGGAACAUGAAAAGGGCAAAGGGGUAGAUGAUGAAGAAAAGAAUUGGUGUGCCCUACGAAAAGAAGUGCCGAGACAGACUGAAACGACCGAACCAACCCCUCCAGCAAUAUUGUUAUUGAGACUGAAGCAAAGUCGAUGUUUUUUUUGUUGUUUUUUUUUUUUUUUCGUUUUAAUGACAGCGAGGACCUGAUGACAAGAUGACGUGAACCAACACGAAGUCGCUUUCUGUGAUCAUGCUUGACAACUGUACGUAGAGGCUCAUUAAAAUGGGUGGAAUGUACAGGCCUCUCUUGCUGAGUGAUAUGUCGAUUUUUCAACCUGAUUCAGAUUGUUUUAUGACUGCGCCUGAGUGCGCGUUGGUGGUCCCAUUGUAUUUUGUCAGCAAGUGGGCUUAUGAAAACUGUUACUGAUAAUAUGUGUGGCUCAUAUUGAGCUGAUUGUGUAAUUAAGUUUUAAAUUGUGUAUGAUGGGAGGCUUUCGAAGUUGGUUUUUAUUUGAGAGCAAAGGGUUCAGAUAUUUAAAUGUGGCAUUCCCUGUAAAGACAAAUGUUGCCAUAGUAGGUUUCCUCCCCAAAGUAAAAUAAUAGGGCAAUUUUCUUUUGUUAUCUUAAUUGCCGCAUUUGUGAUUGUUACAAUUUGGAAUGUUGGCAGUUAAUAGUCUUCGGUCAUUGCUUUCAAAAUUUUCUUGCAAAAUAUUCUGGAUGUCUAUUUGUAGUAUUGUGUAAGGUUUUGUGGCAGUAAAUUAUUUCCAUAUUUAAGUUUGAAGUCAAAAUGUCAAUAUCAGUAUUUUAAUGUGUAUUAACUUGUGUUAGUAUUACAAGAUCAUUUCAUAGCUGUGCUGGUUUAUGUGAAGAUCAGUACUUAUUCCAUAUGCUAUUGCUCAGCUGAACAAUACUCAAAUUCAGUACUCUCAAUGUUUGUGAUGAAGAUAAAUAAUGGUGACGCAAAUAGGAAAUUUACUUCAGAUAUUGCCACGUUUUUGUUGUGUAGAAAAAGUGUUUAACGAGUGCAACUUUUAUCUUGCGCCAGCAAGGUAGUUUUUACCUAUGGCAUAAUGUCAUUGCGUAUUUAUUUAGUUGUUGAAAUCUCGGGCGACAAUGUGGCUAAAGCUAGUCAAGAUUUAACUGUAAUGAGGUGACCUGUACCUGUAUACCUCAGACCCCACUUUGGCUGCUGGGAGUAAAAAUUUAAAAAUGUGACCUUUCAGUUCCUGGAAAUGAAACAAAAAACUAAACAAAUUUUAUCACAAUUGUUUUGCCUUUUUACAAAAGCUUUUUACUAGCUGGAAUUUUUUGGUGAUUUUUAUUAUUUCUUUAUGUGUGAUUGUACAACAGUUGGUAAAGAGAAAUAAAAUGUCAACAGUA